CGACCGACAGCUCGCUAAUGAUUCCGGCGUGAUGUUGCUGCGCCGCCUGGCCGCGUCCGCCCUCCGCCGUGGCGGCGCCAACGGCGGCGUCCUGGCCGCCGUCCGCGCCGAGAUCGCGCAUGAGCUCUCCUCCUCCACCCCCUCCUCUCCCCCGUCGCUCCAAUCCCAGGACAUUCCCGACUUCGCCACCGUGUCGGACCCGCCGCGCGGGCAGGAAGUGCUCCUGCGCCGCCGGGAUGCUUCCGAGGAGGUCCUCGUGUCGGCGGUGCUCGAGCCGCUGCGGUUCGAAGGGGAGGAGCCCCUGCCCAGGGACGCGCUCAUGAAGGUGUUCGUCAGUAAGCCUGAUGUGAAGCCGGUGAUGCGGUUCGACUGCCGCGCGUUUGCAGAUGAAGGUGAUGGCGGCUCUGCUGACUAUGAUGUUACUAAUGCUUGUUAUCACCCGUUUGCUGGCGACGCUGGGGAAGACAAGUAUGAAGGGCCUGAGUUCAGAGAUUUGGAUCCUCGGUUACAGGUUGCACUGAAAGGAUAUCUGGUGGCAAGAGGCGUUAAUUCCAAACUGGCAAGCUCACUUCACCACCAUUUGGUUGAGAAGGAGCGGUGGCAAUAUAUGAACUGGCUGAAAACUUUGGAAGACAUGUUCAGCAGUCAUUGACAAAAAUAUUUCCAGCACUGAAGACCAUUGAAAUGUUCCCCGUCAAAUACGCACACUUUUUGUUGUGGAAAUGCAUAGAUCAGCUAGCUUUGUGGAAUGCAAUUGUCGUGCUUAAUUUAGUUCCGUGGAAUUGACCACGAAAUCACCAUAGUUUGGUCGAAUCUAAUUUUUUUUAAAUUUCCAGCUAUGGUUGGAACUUGGAACCUUCGUGAACCAGCAACCAUCCAAAUAUCGAUGGUUGAUCAAGUGUGAACACGGUUUGUUUCGGUUGAAAAACAAAAAUGACAAAUAAUUUAUUUUUA